AUGAUGCGCUACGUGCUGUGUAUCCUCGCUCUCCUGCUCUCAUGUGCGUGUGUGCACGUCCUCGCUGAAGAAGUGCCUGCCGCCGAUCUUUCCGACCAAGUCCCUGAUACGGAGAGUGAGACAAAGAUUCUUCUUCAAGGUACUCCUGUUGCUUGCACUAAUGGUAAGACUUGUCCAAACGAAGAUGAGCAAUGUGAAACAGCUGAAGGAGGAGAGAAGCAAACCUGCAAAACCACAGACAAAGAGGUGCCACCUCCUGCGGUAUCUGAGCCAUUGUUACAAGUUUCAGAUCAUCUGGGAGGAAAGUCACCGCAAAAAGGUGAUGGAAGUGUUUCUCAGGGUGUUCAAGGUCAGCCUGGUCUACCUGGUGUUGGUGUUGGUCCCGCUCCCGAAUCUGGUGCUUCUCAUGCUGGUUCGACUGCAAGUGCAGGUCAAGCUGAAAACGGCGACAUGGCGGCAGGUGGAACUCUACCGAACGAGCAGAGUGCAGGAGAACAGCCUUCUUCUACCUCGCUGUCCACCAGUACAGAGACGGAGAGUGCUACUGGUGCUAUCACUUCAACCGCGAAUGGCGCUACAACUGCAGCGAGUGAGUCUGCGAAGGAACCUGACAGUACAACCAGUAAUGAGCAAUCAACGUCACCAACUACUACCACCACCACCACCACAACAACAACAACAACAACACUUCCUCCUGAACUCACAAACAACAAGAAGAGUGAUGUAGACAGCAGCAGCAGUAUCAGCAGUUCUGUGUGGGUGCGUGUACCACUACUGAUUGUGGUUACACUGGCCUGUACUCUUGUAUGCUGA